AUGGCUAGUAUUGUUGAUCAACAGGAUAAAUUUUAUCAAGAAGUUCAGCAAUUUGCUGAGAAUAAUACAUCUAAGCUCAACCAUCCUUAUACUAGGGACAAAUUGAAUGAGUUAAUUUCUAAAGUUAAAAAUGCAAAAGAGGCAUCGAAGAAAAGUGACCAAGACAGACAUUUGCUAAAGAAAUAUGAUAUUAUUGAAGUUGCAGAUAUUGAAAAGCUCAUCAAAAAAGGAGGAAAUGAAGACACCAUACUUUACUACUUAUCCAUUGAGGAUAUGUAUGAUAUCAUAAAAACAGCACAUGUUGGGGUCGGUCAUGGAGGUCUCCAUAAAACUAACAAAGAACUCAAAAAACAUUUUGCUAACAUUAGCCGGGAAGCAAUACUCAUAUUUACAACCAACUGUGAACAAUGUAUCUUGAAAAGAAAACGUUCUGACAUAUCAAAACUUGUUGUUAAACCUAUAAUGUCUGCUGACCUCAACUGUAGAGGGCAGGUUGACCUUGUAGACCUUUAA